CAUCUCAACCAUUUAACCAACUUUACAUCCAUAAAAUAUUUCAGUUGUUGAAAUUAGUAGCCAAAUGUUUUUAUAAGAAGGUAUAAACCAAAUGAAAUACAUAAUAAUAUGAGAAGUAUACAAUACAUUAUAAAUCUACUUUUCAUUUUUUUUUUUAUAUUUGGAGGGAGUAUAUAAUAAUGCAUGCAUAUAUAACACCUUCAUGUUUACCACUGGUGAGGCAGCAUACAGUAAAUAAUCCUGUGUUGCCAAAACAAACUAAAACCAUGGCGUUCAAGAUCAAGAAUGCACAAUCUUUCCUCCUCCACCUAAUAACAACAACAAUCAUCAUAACCACCACAAAUUCACAAACCACCACAACCAGAACCACAACUACAAGCAACACAUUGUUAGGCCACUGGGUUCAACUCCAAACAAGCAUAGGUAUCUCAGCCAUGCACAUGCAAGUAAUGAAAGACAACAAAGUUAUCAUCUUCGACAGAACUGAUUUCGGCCCAUCCAACAUCUCUCUCUCCAACGGCCAUUGCCGUUACAACCCACGUGACAUUUCACUCAAACUCGACUGCACAGCUCACUCCAUUCUCUACGACAUUUCAUCAAACACCCUCCGUCCUUUAACUCUUCAAACCGACGCUUGGUGUUCCUCCGGUGCUCUCAACGUUAACGGUACGUUAAUCCAAACCGGUGGUUUCAACGACGGUUACAACAAACUCAGAACUUUCACUCCUUGUCCUCAAACCAAUAACUGCGAUUGGAACGAACUUCCUCAGAAUUUAACUUCAAGUCGUUGGUAUGCUUCCAAUCAGAUUCUCCCAAACGGUAGAAUCAUCGUCGUUGGUGGUCGUUCGUCUUUUUCUUACGAAUUCGUACCCAAGAGUUUAAACGACGUGUCGUUUUUUUAUCUCAGAUUCUUGCAAAUCACGCGUGAUUCUAACCCUGGUGAAGAAAACAAUCUUUACCCUUUCUUGCAUCUUUUACCGGACGGUAAUCUUUUUAUUUUCGCUAACCGUCGUUCGAUUUUAUUUGAUUAUAACCGUAAUAGGGUAAUAAAGGAAUUUCCAAUUAUACCUGGAGAAGAAAAGAGAAAUUAUCCAAGUACUGGCUCUUCCGUUAUGUUACCGUUAAAUUUAACGGGGUUAGGAAAUGGAAGUUUACUGGAGGUUGAAAUUAUGGUGUGCGGUGGCGCGUUUCCCGGAGCGUUUGAAUUGGCUAAUAAACAUAAAGUGUUUGUGGAAGCUUCUAGAACGUGUGGGAGGUUGAAGGUUAGUGAUUUGAAACCUGAAUGGGUUAUGGAGGUUAUGCCGAUGCCACGUGUCAUGCCAGAUAUGAUUUUGUUACCGACGGGGAAUUUGAUUAUUUUGAACGGUGCAGGGAAUGGUACUGCGGGUUGGGAGAACGCAGCAAACCCGGUUUUCUAUCCAGUUUUAUAUCGACCCGGUUUGGCUGACCCGUUGCCGAGGUUUCAGUUAUUAGCUCCAGCGAGCACUCCAAGGAUGUAUCAUUCUUCGGCUGUGUUGUUGCCAGAUGGCAGGAUUUUAGUGGGUGGGAGUAACCCGCAUAGGAUUUAUGAUUUUCGGUCGUAUCCGUACCCGACAGAGUUGAGUUUGGACGCGUAUUAUCCGGAUUAUCUUGGGCCUGAAUUUGGUGGGCUGAGGCCCGUGAUUAUGUCGGUGGAGGCAGUUUAUAAUACGGCGUCUUAUGGGGGUUUGUUUUCGGUGACGUUUGCGUUGAGGGAGGUUAGGGAGAUUAAUGGGAUUAAGGUUACGAUGGUGGCGCCAUCAUUUACUACUCACUCGUUUGCGAUGAAUCAACGGGUGUUGGUUUUAGAAAUGACGGCUAUGGAGGAGGUUGGGAAUUUGGUUUAUAAGGCUACAAUUCGUGGGCCCACUUCGCUUACGGUGGCGCCACCUGGAUACUAUAUGCUUUAUGUUGUCCACGCUGGAAUUCCGAGUGUUGCUGUUUGGGUUCAUGUUACUUGAGUGGACUGAUGAUAAGCAUGGUUCGGUUUUAGGUUUUUUAUUGCAAACCUGGUUUGGGUUGGGCCCAAAUGAGAAGGGAAAAAACCAAGUAGAUAAAAGGGUUUUUGAAAAUAAAAAAUAAAGCAUGGGAAAAUAGUCAUUCCUUCGUUAAUUCAUGACUAUUAUAACGUGUUGAUGUGUAUAGCGAGGGGUGGUAUUGAGUUUUUGACACUAUUCUUUUUGGGGCUGAUGUACAAUUUGUAGUUCCCUUUUUUUAUUUUAUCAUGGGAAUUUUUCAAUUCUAUUUAAGUUAUCAAGCAAUUUUGGUGAAUUUCAUUUAUGGUUGAGUUUAUUGUUUUCCCUCA